CUGAUUUCUUUUGUAUUUUCUUCUUUUAUAGAUUAAUCAACGUCUGAAAAUAUGUUCCAUCAAUUGAAACCGACUUUUGUGUUAGUACUCUUUAUGAGAUUGUGGUUGGAGUCUCAUGCUGCUCCAGAUAUUUGCAGCAUAUGCUCCUGCGAAAAUUCUCAGACAUAUGUAUAUUGUUCAUCUCGGGGACUGACUUCGGUCCCGCAAGCAAUGCCACUGAAUGUUGAAUAUUUAGAUUUACGUUUUAAUAAUAUCAAGGCAAUGAAAAACGGCACCUUCCAGAAUCUGUCCAACUUAACAUCUCUGUAUUUGCAAGACAAUGACAUCAAUGAAAUUGAAACGGGUGCGUUUCAAAACCUUUCCAGUUUAACGACUCUGAGUUUGUGGGAAAAUAACAUCACAGAAAUCAAAGCGGAGACCUUCCAAAAUCUUCCCAGCUUAACAAAUCUGAAUUUGGGUCGUAAUAAUAUGAAAGAAAUCAAUGAAGAAACCUUCCGAUAUUUGUCAAACUUAAGAACUCUGGAUUUGACUUACAAUAACAUCGAGAAAAUCAAAGAAGAAACCUUCCGAUAUUUGUCCAACUUAAGAUCUCUGGAUUUGAGCUUUAAUAAGAUCAAAGAAAUCAAAAAAGAAAGCUUCCGACAUCUGUCCACCUUAACAAAACUAUAUUUCCAAAAGAAUGAUAUCAAUGAAAUAGAAGUUGGAACGUUUCAAAAUCUUCCCAGUUUAAUGGAACUGAAUUUCUGGAAAAAUAAUAUCACGGAAAUCGACGUAGGAACCUUUCAGCAUUUGUCCAACUUAACAGCCCUGAAUUUGUGGGGUAACAAGAUCAAAGAAAUCAACGUAGGAAGCUUCCAAAAUCUGUCCAGUUUAAGAACUCUAUAUUUAAGUUCUAAUGAUAUCAAGGAAAUCAAAUCAAACACCUUCCGAAAUCUGUCCAGUUUAACAGAACUAGGUUUAAGUUCUAAUGAUAUCAAGGAAAUCAAGGCGGACACCUUCGGAAAUUUAUCCAGUUUAACAGAUCUAGAGUUGCAACAUAAUAAUAUCGGAAACAUUGAAGAAAGAGCCUUUCAUGACCUGACCAGUUUAAGAAAUCUGAAUUUCUGGGAAAACAAUAUAACCGAAAUCAAAGUAGGAACCUUCCAACAUUUGUCCAGCUUAACAACUCUGAAUUUGUGGGAUAACAAGAUCAAAGAAAUCAAAGUUGGAACCUUCCAAAAUCUGUCCAGUUUAACAACUCUAUACUUGAGUGAAAAUGAUAUCAAGGAAAUCAAGACAUACACCUUCCGAAAUAUGUCCAGUUUAAAAGAUCUAGUGUUGCAAAAUAAUAAUAUCGGAAACAUUGAAGAAAGAGCCUUUGAUGACCUGCCCAGUUUAAAAAAUCUAUAUUUGGAAAAAAACAAUAUCACAAACAUUGAAGUAAAAGCCUUCCAUGACCUGCCCAGCUUAAAAAAACUAGAUUUGACAGAAAAUAAAAUCAAGAAAAUUCAAGAAGGAAACUUCAAUGGUCUUCCCAGUUUAACAUAUCUAUACUUGACAUAUAAUGAUAUCAAAGAAAUCGCAGCAGGCAGCUUCCGAAAUUUGUCCAAUCUAAAAGAACUGAAUUUAGGUGCUAAUGAUAUCAAAGAAAUCAAAAGCGAAACAUUCCAAAAUCUUUUCAGCUUAACAAAACUGUAAGUGGAAUCGGUCUUAUUUAAAAUAUUUCAUUGACGAUAUAUUUCUAUAUAUAU